UAGGGUCCAAGCAAGGUCAUGCUGGUUGCGCGCUUUUUGGCUGGUUGGGGUCUUAAUUUUUGAACACAAAGGAUUUGAUGAUGCAAAACGCGUCUGAUACCCGACCGUGUGAAUGAAGUCAUUCAGGGAUGAUCAGACACAGUCAUAGUUCCUAAAGAUUUUCAUUACUUUCAUAGUCUGUUUCGACCAGUAAUUAGCAUCUCUCAUGAAUUUCUCAGCGAGUAACGACUACCGCGGGGAUGGCAGAUUCCUCCAACAUUCCGUCAUCAUGCAACACAUUGACAAACUGGAGUUGAGACCAGAGGACACGGUACUGGACGUGGGAUGCGGCACUGGGGAAGAAACCAAGUCAUUGGCAGGGAAAGUCAAGCGUGUAACAGGCGUUGACGCUUCAGAGGAAAUGGUAACAGUGGCCAUUGAGACCAACUCGACACCAAACGUAACAUACAUUCAAUGGGACGCCCGAGCCGUGGGAGACAACCCGGACUGGCGAGAGAGAUUCGACAAAGCUGUCUGUUUCUUCGUUCUUCACUGGGUUCCCGAGGAGACCCAAGCGCUAGCGCUCCGUUGCAUCUCCGCGUGUCUUAAGCCGGGCGGGCAGGCACUGUUCAUCAUCCCUUUCGAGAACCAUGGCGACUCCUUCAUUUUACUCCGCGCGACUUCCUUCUUGAAAAGCCAUGAGAAGUGGGGUGCUUUUGUCCAGGACUACAAGUCAUCACAGCACCUGUGGAACCUAUCGGUUCAAGAAACGCAGAAAGUCUUCAAAGCGUGUGGCUGGGCCGAGGCGCAGUGUGAAGUGCGGAUGCACGAACUGGUCCUGUCCGAAAUUCAGUUAAAAUUGUUUUUUAAGACAUGUCUUGGAGAAACACCGUUGAUACCAGCGGCAGCGCUGGAGGAUUAUUUGCAAGACUUGUGGCAGUGGGCGUUGGAUCACUAUGGGGAUAACGCUCAGCCUCGAGAUGUGUACAUUCCUGCUGGAUUUAUGGUCGUACACGCUUGGAAAUAAGACUUGAAACCCUGUGGCGUUUUUCACUUUCAAGGAUUUUGUUUUUGCCUUAUUUUGAUAUUUUUUUCAAGUUCAGUAGGAGUCUUUCCUCGUGGUUGUAGUAAAAAAAACAUGAGGAAAAUAUGCUUAUUAAAUUGUUUAAUGGUUUUAAAAAUUAAGUUUUAUCUUCUCAACAUUUUGUGUAAGUACAUAAAGAUUGUAUUAAUAAGGGAAUAAGUAUGUGCUUGGCCGGUUUUAAAAACUAUGUUAGGAGUCUGGACGCUGAUAAUGACCCCAGCCGGUCAACCAAUAAAAGGGUAAAAGGGACUGGACUUCAUAGGAGUCAAAUUUCAUGUGACACUGGCAAAGUAGACCAGGCAGCCGGUUGUUAUAUCAACCUUUUACGACCGGCCACGUGACGGGCUCCCGAUCAAAAGGAAUGGGAAAACUGCCUUAGGUAGGCCUAUUUAUGAAUUGUUCAUGUACCUGGUCUCUUCAUGCCACAUUGGUGGCUGCUGACUGUUUUUUUUUUCAUGUAAAUGUAAUAAACUAGCAAAUUUGUAAAUAAA